UGUUCGUCAGGUGAUAACUCUUCACCAAUGGUGGUACAGUGACAUUCGUGUCCAUCUAUUCGUCUCCAUUUUCAGGAAAAAAUGCAGUUGGAUGGUGUUGGCACUUUGUUUGACCUGUCUGUCCACCGUGUUGGCAUUUGAGCUGAAAUGCAAGCCUGAUGUUCUACAUAUCACUGUGAACAAAACUGCUGAAUGUCAUUGUGCUUUGCAAAAUAUAUUAAAAACUCCACUAAGAAAAAAUGUUUGGACCAAAGGCAACAUUACACUUUAUAACUACAGCUCUUCUGCAGCACAUCAUAGUUGGGCAGUGGACUCCAGACACCAAUUACUUAUGGAGGAAAUAAAACAUGGGAACCUGAUCUUGAAAAUCAGAAAUACUCAGAUAUCCGACAAUGGAACCUACAAAUGCAUAGUCCUUUUUGAUGAAGCCUACCGUGACGCAGAAGUCCAUGUGUUUUUGACAGCUGUUCCCAAGCUGAGCCUUUUUUACGAGACAUCAGUUGAUGAUCCUAGUGUACUGACACUGACUUGCAUCGCAGAAGGUUUCUACCCCUCUGAUAUAACUCUGUCCUGGGUCCUUGCUGUCCAAGAGGUGCCCCACAGCAGGAAGCAAACACCUGCCACUCUCCUUCAGGAUGGGACUUACAUCAUCAGCUCAACACUUCAGGUCAAAGAUUCUCUUUGGAGCCCAGAGGUGGAGAUUGGUUGUAAAGCAAAUCACAGUUCUCUGACACAGCCAUUGAUGGAGAAAAUAAGAAAAAAAGGUAGCCAUAGACGUAACCACUUUAUUGUGUUUUCCUUGCUUGGCAUUUUAGGAGUAUUUACUGCUGCAUUAAUUAUGAGGACAGGGGACAUGGCAUAAGAAGCAUACCUUAGAAUGUAACAAAAAAAGAGAAGCCAAAGGCAUCUACAAGUUCAAAUGCUCUUAAAUGCACCUCCGCUGAAGAGCAGAUCUCAGUCUGUCCAGGAAUAUGAAUUAACUGCGUGAGCUGCAGCUGGAGCCAGUCCCAAGUCUGGAUGAAGCCUGAGACAGAGAGCAAUGAAUACAGAUCUGAGAGGAACUCUACAUCAUUGUGGAAGCAGAAAUAACUAAUUUAUGAGUUAACUAGGGUCCGCAGCAGGAUUACAAUUCAAAUAUCCAGUUGCAUUCCUGCACCUGAAAGCUGGAUGUACAAUAAAGGACUGCUACCCACUCACCUCUAGUCAUGUAAAAGUCACAGAAAAUGAAUUUUUUUUAGUUAAAGCCAUGAUGAAAGUUUAUUACCAAGCAUUACUUGGAUAUUGGUACACUAAUGACCUUUGUGUUCUUUAAAAGACCUUGUGGUGGCUGGGGGAGUGUGUCCAAAAGACGUUGUUGGAAGGCAUGACCUAGAAGCAGUUUUAAUGAAUCUUCUUGAAGUCCCAAUGUUUACAGUCAUCCAGUGGCCAUUGUCUUGGGAGGAACUUAGAGUGAGCAGGGUAAGAAUUUGACAAGGGCUCACUGACAGUGGUCAGAUGUAUUGAAAAACAAGAGAGGAAAUAAACAGAUUUCUC